AUGUUUCCACGAGACGUUUACACUUUUUACGAUUCAGAGAACAGAACGUGGAGUGGUCGCAAUGUACCGCUAUUGUACAAUCCAAACCAAAGUAUUGGAGAAUUUGUUUGGCAAAUACUGAGCCGUGCUCCUUGGAAGAUAGCUCAAAUCAGUGCUGACAGUGGUGUUCGCGUAACGUACCAUGAGAUGCGUCUACGAAGUGUGCGUGUUGCCCAAAAUCUCGCUUCUAUAGGAUAUGAAACGGGAGAUGUGAUGACAAUAAUUUCAAGAAACAAUCAAAAUCUGGCGCCCGUUGUUUUUGGAUGUUUUAUGCUUGGGUUGUCGAUCAAUUCACUGGAUCCCAAGUUUCAUAGAGAUGAUUUUGCUCACAUGUUUGCCACCGUCAAGCCAAAAGUAGUUACCUGCGAAGGAGAUUUAAUCGAGGAAGUGAAGGCAGCUUGUGAAAUGGCUAAUAUAGAACCAAAUCUGAUUGUUUUUGGCCCACGCGUCAACGGGUAUACACGUGUAGAUGAUUUGCUAGUGGAAACUGGUCUCGAGAGACAGUAUCAGCCAACAAAGAUCAAAGAUCCGGCAAACCAACUGGCGAUAAUCCUCUGUUCGUCUGGCACAACAGGGAAAUCAAAAGGAGUGUGUUUGUCUCACGCCCUUUGCGUAGCCAACCUGACGACGGUUUGGCCUUCUUUUGAAUCGGAUCGAGUGCUUUGUUUGAGCUCACUGUAUUGGAUAUCUGGACUUGCGACACUGUUGACGGCCACGGCUUCGGGAUCAACUCGGCUCAUUACUACGAAACCCUUCACUGCCAGAAUGAUGAUUGCGUUGAUGGAGCAAUAUCGCGUGAACAUGAUAUUUUUCCCUCCGUCUCAUGCGUUGGCAAUUUUGAACGAACCAACUGUGGGGAUGGCCGACUUUUCCAGUCUACGACUGGUGAUGUGUGGUGGAGGACCAGUAUCGGCCAAUUUGAAACGUUCAUUCGAGAUGUAUCUUUCGAAAGGUCAGUUUGUGGUAGCUUACGGGAUGUCUGAGGUAGGUGGACUUGCUGCAAUCAGUGACGUUGCCUAUAAAGAUGGUUCCGUGGGAGUACUGUCGAACCAGGUUAAAGCGAAAAUUUUGGAUGAUGAUGGUAAUUUGGUAGACAUUGGAGAAAAAGGAGAGCUAUUGAUAAAAAAAUCGUUCGUAUUUAUGGAAUACUUUGGUAACUCCGAAGCUACAGAGGAAAUGAUUGAUUCAGAUCUUUGGUUACAUACCGGUGAUAUUGCUUAUUUUGACGAAGAUGGAUUGUUAUUCAUAAUUGAUCGUAAGAAGGACAUUAUAAAGUACGCCGGCUACCAAAUAUCACCAUCAGAAAUCGAAGACGUGAUUCUGCAGGUCCCGGGAGUGAACAGCGUAUGCGUCGUUGGAAUACCUGUCGAGGGAAAUGAUCUACCGGCAGCACUGGUUGUCAAGUUCACAGGAUCCGAGAUAACCGAGAAUGACAUCGUGGACGCAGUUGCAAGCACUAUGAAUGAUAUUAAACAUCUGAGGGGCGGAGUUUAUUUUGUGAGCGAACUUCCGAUGACCCCCUCGGGGAAACCUUUGCGGCGGAAGUGUCGAGAUAUUAUUAUUUGUUUCCAUAAUGAAGCGAAACAAUCCGUGCAUUGAACGAAAAAAAAAACAGAAUCUACAGAACACUGAACUCAAUAAAUCACCUACAUAUGCAAAAACAUUGCGCAUUGAUCGAAGGAAAUAUGUUGAUUAGCAAUAUUUGCGAACUCUUUUUACCAACCGUAGCGCCACGUUUUAAUUUGCUUACAAUUGAUUCAAUACAACGACGCUUCUUGUUCAAAGAGAUUUUUUUACGGAAAUUAGGACCCAAUCGCAGAAAUAUGUUGAAGUAUUCACAGUAGUUUUAUCAACAAGUCUGGAUAUUUAAAAGAAAAGGAAGAUUGAACGGUUAUAGGACAUCUAGGAUGAAAUGAAAUUCUUUCAAACAGUACUGUAAAAAUUGGAAUGCAAAUAUAUUACAGAUCACCAUUAGAGUCAUGUUUACCGGCUUGGAUUACAUUUGUGCACUAGAUAACUGCUUGGAAAAUGCAUGCCGAUUCUAGCACCACACCACACACCACACACUUACCAAACCACAAUUGAAUGUGUUGUCAUUUGGGCAUUCGGGAUGACAUUGUGGGAUAGGAUUUGUGCUUUGUAGUCACCGUAAAACACUAAUAAAAAAAAAUA